UCCAAAAAUCAAAAUAAUAACACAAGUAGAGAACCCUCCCCCUCUAAUCGACAACACCAACAAAACUUAUUUUUAUGUCAAAGUCGUUGGUGCCGCAAACAAUUCAGAACAAAGAACACUUCUAAAGUUUCAGAAGCCAUAGAGAGAAAUCAUGUCGAUCCCUUCCUACAUUUCCGUCACGCAAAAGCCAAUUUCCGUCAAGCUAAAGAGCCCGAAGCAGCUCCACCUGCUGCCGAGCCCGCGCCGCGCGAGCCGGCUCUUCCUUCCUCUCCUAGCCUUCCUCGCAUUGCUCGGCAUCUCGCAAGUGCUUCUCCCUCCUCUCCCUCGCGCCGCCCGCCGCCUCGACCGCGGUCACACCGCCGAUGACGAGGAAUUCUGGACGUGGGCCCAGGCGGGCCCGCCGAGCGUCCGGCCGUGCCUGGACUUCACCGAGCCAUACCGCGCCGAGCUGCAGGACGGCCCGAGGAAGUACAUGAUGGCCAUCGUGUCCGGCGGACUGAACCAGCAGAGGAAUCAGGUCGUCGACGCGGUCGUGAUCGCGAGGAUCAUCGGUGCGGUGCUCGUCGUGCCGGUGCUUCAGGUCAACCAAGUGUGGGGAGAUGAAAGUGAGUUUGAGGACAUAUUUGAUGUGGGAUGGUUCAAGGAGACGUUGAAGGAUGAUGUAAGGGUGGUGUCGUCGUUGCCGGCGACGCACCUCAUGAAGCGGCGGGUUAGAGCGCCGGUGAUGCCCUUCGACGCCGGCGAGGACUGGGUCCGGAGCAACUACGUGAACAAGCUCAGCACGAGCAGUGUCUUGCUUCUUCGAGCUUUUGAUUCGCGACUCGCCAAGAACCUUACCUCUGAUCUACAGAAGCUAAGAUGCAAGGUUGCUUUUGAAGCUUUAAGAUUCCAACCAUGGAUUGAAGAGCUUGCAAAUAGGUUUGUGAAGAGGAUGAAAGAGGAAGGUCCAUAUGUGGCCCUACAUCUGAGGCUAGAAAAGGAUGUAUGGGUGAGAACAGGUUGCCAUUCAGGCCUCGGACCGCAAUCGGAUAUCGUGAUCGCAAAUGAACGGGCCUCGAAGCCCCAAUUUUUAACUUCGCGCACCAAGCUCACACCGCAACAGCGCCACAUUGCUGGUCUUUGCCCCCUCAAUGCCAAUGAGAUCUCAUGGAUGCUCGAAGGGCUCGGAGCGUCGAAAAACACGAGGAUCUAUUGGGCCGGAGGAGAGCCCUUUGGGGGUCCAAAUGCGCUCGAGCCGCUUCGAUCACAAUUCCCCAAAUUAUCCAACAAAUGGGACCUGGCCCGGCCCGGCGAACUCGAGGGUCUAAAGCAAAAGCCAUCUGUUCUUGCUGCAGUAGACUAUGAAGUGUGUCUCAAGAGCCAGCUCUUCAUGGCUAGUCAUGGAGGAAACAUGGCUCGUUCACUGCAGGGGCAUCGAACUUAUAUGGGCUACGGUAAGCCGAUCAGGCCAAACAAGAGGAUGUUAGUGCGUUUAUUCACAAACAACGCAUUAAGCGAUGAAGAGAUUAAGAAGAAUAUAAAGCAAAUACAUACGGAGCCCUCGGAUUCAGCAUUAUUAUCUCAUGCUAAUCCAAAUCGAGACGUAAUUGCUUUUCCUAUCCCACACUGUAUGUGUACAAAAGAAAAAUAAGUUUCGAAUUUACAUGUAGUAGAAUUUUGGUUACUUGAAUUACAAAUUUGUCGAGGAGGAGAUUGUACAUAGAUUGAGAGAUUAUUAUGAAUGUUUUUUCUUUUUUUCUUUUUUUUUUUGGUGCUGGGCUGAGUGACUUGGUUACGGAAGCUCCUGUUAGCUAAAGAAUUUUGCAAAGA